AUGUCUAGGGGGCCGGAGGGGCCGAAUCGUCCUUCUGGAGUGAUUACAGCAGAUGCUACCUUAGCAUAUGGCGAAGAGUGUCUUCCCACUACAGAGAGUAGGACCUACUCUAUUAAGAGGUCUCCACGAUGCUUCCUCCAGCGAAAGAAAGUCCCCACAGAGAGGGACAUGGCUGAGGCAAUUAUCCUAGGUCAAAAAAAGAAUAAUGAUGCUUUGCAGGAAUUGGUGCAGAUGAUCAAGCCUAUUCACAGACCUAUAGGUGAACACUGGGAUGAGCGCUACAUCCGGUUUACCAACAUCUUUGGAGACAAACACCAUCUACUUGUCGAAUCCUGCAAAUCGACUGAGGGUUUCGUUUAUUAUUUAAUGUCCACACUCAGGGACCGUACCAGCAGUGUCCACCUGCUAAAGGGAGCCAUUGAGCGCGGGGAGUUUUGGAUCGUUGAUGAGAAGGACGACUGGGACUCCCCUCACCGCAUUGGAUCGUCCCCAGCUAUUCUGGCGGACAACUGGGAGGAGAAUGCUAUAGCUGGGCGAGCUUUUCGGAUGAUUAUUGUGGAUUCAUCGCAUCCAGCUACCCCGGAUGAGCUCCGUCUUAUGCAUAGCACAUGGUAUUCCCGUGUGAAGGGAUCCCUACAGGAAAUAUAUAAGCUAUCCGGGUGGGAGAUUGAGAACAGUUAA